CAAAUGACCCACUUCAAGACGAUAAAUUACAACCUGCAAAUAAUCCUUAUAUUCCUUGAACACUCGAGAGCUUUUCAUUUGUCGAGAGGCAUAAUCCUGAAAGCGCAGGAGGGGCGAACUUUAGCGACGCCCAGUCGCCGCCCGCCUUGCGCGAGCGCUGAAACUCACAUUAUUUAGUAAGCUUAAUGAGUGCAGGCUCAACACAGUGAUUGAAGGUUCUAGUGUAGUGUUCUUUGUGCGACAUGCCACGUAAACGGGUUAACAAAUCACCGUCGUUUGACAAGAAGGACGAUUGUCUUGACGAUGAUGAUUUUUUAUUCGACGAUACGCAGUCUAGUUCAGGAAGAAGUGGUCACGAGCCACAACACAGAAACGCAGCCAACGCCAGGGAACGGGCUCGUAUGAGAGUGCUCUCCAAAGCGUUUUGCCGAUUAAAAACAACGUUACCCUGGGUACCAGCAGACACUAAACUAUCGAAGCUGGACACACUGCGGCUCGCUGCUUCAUACAUCGCCCAUUUAAGAGCUCUGCUGCAUGAGCCGCGGUCCGCGCACACUCCGCCUCAUCCUUUGAGCCUAGCAUGGCCGUUCACCUUCCAACACGGAGGCUCUCUUAGUUGUGCAAUUUCCCAGCGAUGGAAUUUAAGUCCGCAAACAGAUGCAAAUCGAAAUGUUUCCACGCAAAGAGAUAAUAUUCAGACAAAUACUUGUAAUGAGAAUUACGCACAGGAUUAUUCUGAAAACGACUACGACGAUAGAAACUAUGAAGAAUCUACCAACGAAGUGGCUUACUCCAAUUCGCAGUUCUGCAACUAUGGUUAUAAGGAGAACUAUUAUGAAAUGAGAAAUUCUUAUUCUGAUGUUAUGAAUAAUGUGUAAAAUAUAUAGAGAUAAUGUACUUGGAAAAGCGUAUUAAUAAAGUGUAUACUUAGUUUACGAAUACAUGAAUAAGAAAUGUAAAAUAAAAUAUACCUAAAGGUUUUAUAAUUUAUUGUUUGUAUGACCUUAAUUUGUACCAAAGAUUAUUAUUCAAUAAAAAUAUA